UAUCCAUAAAAAAACCUAGUGUAAACACAUGAAAAAAUUUAAAUACCAAAAGCAAUAACAAAUACAACAACUUGUGUUCAAUACUCCUGCAAUUGUUUGCAAAAAAAAAUAUAUAUUUAUAGCUUCUCCCACCCUCAUCGUCUUCACUUUUGGCUGUCCGGUGUUGAAAGUGUAACAGAAUAGUAGUUUCAAACAUAUAAUUUUUUUGUUGUUGUUGUUGAUGUUGGUGAAACCCAGAAAUGUGGAGCAUUCCUAAAAUUAAACCAUUUCCGCGAAAUGAAAAAUGAAUGCAAAAUAUUAUUAUGACCCACUCAAGUGUUUGCUGAACAGAAAAUGUUGGAAUCGAAAAACCAAACGUUAGCUGGAAAAUUAUCUGGAAAAUUAUCUUCAAAUUACAUUGGGAUUAAGACGAAAUGCAAAUAAUAUCGUUCCACAUUGUCACAAUGUAAAUGAAAACCCAGCGCUCCCAGUUUGUCCACUCUCAAUUCUAAAUGCUGAAACACACAUCGAAUGCUGGCGGGCCGGCUAAUGGUCAGGUGCGCAACGGUAGCGGCUCAACGGGACCGGCGCGCAGUAUUCAAUUGCGACCGCAACAGCCCUUGAAUAUAUCAACCCUUAGCUCGAGCAGUUUACAGACAUCUGCUAAGACGGGAACACCAACAAAUACGACAAAUGCCAAUGGGGGACCACGACUCUCGACGCUGCUGAAUAUUGCCUCCUCAUUGCCGCCGCUACCACCGCCACCAACAACAGCAACGACGACCACGAUAUCAACAACAAAUACCGGCAAUUUGAUAACAGCUGUUGGAGGUGGUGGUGGUGGUGCUGGUGCUGGACAACAACAACAACCACCUUUGCCACCUCUGUUACCACCGUCCAGCUUAAAUGGAAAUGGUAAUACCGCACCCACACCUGUCACCCCCAUCAAUAGUCAUUUGACACCGAAUGGUCUGAGUGGUAUUGGCAAUAAUUUACACACCUAUACCAAUCAACAUAUUGCCCUGGCUCAGGUGAGCAAUGUGGCCGGCAAUGGUAAUGGAGGGGGUGGGGGUGGUGGUGGUGUUAUGGGUAAUGGCAUGGCCAAUCACAGUUCCAAUCCGCUCAAUACCACCCAACACACAAAUUACACGAAUUAUACCAACCCCAAUGUAACCACCGUGCACAACAAAUCAAAACAUGGUCCUGGGCCCAGGGAGGCCCUCACAAGUUUGGGUCUGCUGUGCUUGGUUUCCUUACUCUUGGCUUUGUUGUCCUUGAUUUUCCUGCUCAAAAUUUCUCCAAAUGCCAGAGAGGAUGCCCUGACCCGCAGCUCUCCCGAGGAUUUUAUAAUUGUCUAUGAUGUCACCUUGGCCCUGUGUGCCCUGUCGUUAUCCCUGAAUCUUUGCUGCCUAUUGGUGUGUGCUAUACAAUUUUUGUUUGCCGUCAAGUUGGUCAGGUCGCCCAUGUUUGAUGGCAGGGACAAUCGUUAUUUGGAAAAGUCCAGUACCAGUCGCACCUGUGCUGUGGGUGGCUUUUUCAUUUCGAUACCUAUUUUUUUGACUGGCAUAAUUCUCUACACCUUCAAUCAUUUCCACUCCACCCCCGCCAUAAUAACCAGUAUCUUAAUUGGUAUUGGCAUUAUAUUUUGUGGUGCUGCCAUGGUCCAUAACGUCUUCGUCUGGCAAAAGGAGAAAACCAUUAGCUAUCGUAGUCCAACAUCAGCAGCAGCAGCAGCAGCGACGGCGGCCGCCGCCAUGCAACACAUGUCCUUGGUCUCCCAAAUUGGACCCCUUACCCCACCCGUUCAGUUCUUAAAUCAUCCGCCUCAUCUGAAUUUCAAUCAAUCGAAUAUAAGUCAACUUUUACAUCCCACCUCCAUUACACCGGUAUCACCGAAUCAUUCCCAUGGCAGUUUUAAUCCUCUAACCGCCCUAAGUUCCUCGUUUAUGAUGCGGCCCUCAACGGCCACACCGCCCACACCCAAACCCAUUGCCAACGGCAGUUGUCUGUCCCCGGCAGCAGCAGCUGUGGCCCGAGAAGCCAGUGGCUCUGUAAGUCCCGGCAUACCACCAACCUUGGACAUGAGCAAUGUCACCAGCAUAUCGCUGCACGAACUAUCAACCCUAGUUUAGAUCUACGAAUGAUUAUUGUUAUUUUGUAAUUGUUGUCCAUAGUUUUAGCAGCCUAAACUUAAUUUAAGAUAAACUCGACGAUGUAAGGACCUACUUCUCUUGCCACCCAGAUCCAGUGAAAAGUGUACUUAUUAUUUAAUUAAAACAAAAAAUAAAAAAACAAAUUGUAAAUAUCGAACUUAUUAUAGAAAUAUAAGUAUACAAUACUUUGUUUAUUUAAUGUCAAGGUCAUAGAAAUAAGCUCGAAUUUUUAAGGAUUUUUUUUAAAUAAAAAAAAAACUAUUUAACGAACAUAA